AUGAUGAUCUCCAAGCUACCUUUCGUCUUCUUCGCGCUCUCAGCCAUCCAAGUCACUGCCUUCCCACAUUUAAGUGUUAAAGGCGUUGAGGAGUUGACGGAACUCGCAAAAAGGUCCGGCGAAUGCCCUCACCUAGCAAAACAAAAUCAAGCAGCAUGCCCUCAUCUAGCCAAGAACAAGGAUCUGAAGCGUCAGACUACUUUUGACCCCACCUCCCAGCAUGUCUCCACUACUGGAGAGUAUGCCUGGGUUGCCCCUGGAGCUGGAGAUCAGCGAGGUCCUUGCCCCGGUCUCAAUGCCUUGGCGAACCAUGGGUAUCUUCCGCACAACGGUGUUGCUGAUAUCCCCACUAUCGUUUCUGCUGUGAACACUGCAUACGGAAUGGGUAUCGACAUCGGUACAUUUCUUGCAGUAUACGGCACCGCAUUUGAUGGCGACUCUAUCUCAACGGACCCCGGUUUUUCCAUCGGAGGACCGGCUACUAGCGAAGAAAUCCUGGGAGUCGGUCUCCUCGGAACUCCAUCUGGCUUGAGUGACUCUCACAACAAUUACGAAGCAGAUACCUCUCCAACACGUGGGGACUUGUAUGUCGUCGGAAACGACUACCUCCUCCAAGUCGACCGAUUCCAAGAAUACUACGAUGCUCUCCCGGAAAACACGCCCGCCCCGGACCAAUACGCAGCUCUCUUCCCCUUCCGCCAAGCACAAUUCAACAACUCCGUCGCCACAAACCCCGACUUCUUCUUCCCCCAAUUCGCCGGCGUAUUCGUCUCCCCGGCCGGCUACGCCUUCCCGCCCCGCAUGAUGGCCAACCAUUCAGCCGAGUAUCCAUCAGGCUAUCUCGACAAGGCGAGCUUCAUGACAUUCUUCGCCGUCACUGGCGAAAGUGGAGCAUUUGAAUACACCCCGGGCUGGGAACGCAUCCCGAACAAUUUCUACCGCCGUCCUCUUAGCGAUCCAUAUACUCUCCCUGACUUCAUCCUCGACGUCCUCGCCUUCGGCCUCCUCGACCCGCGCCUCCUCUCCAUCGGCGGCAACACCGGCACCCCAAACUCCUUCACCGGCCUCGACGUGUCCGACCUGACCGACGGCGUCUUCGACGGCGCCACCCUGGCCCAGGGCAACAACCUCGAAUGCUUCAUCUUGCAGCUCGUGCAGGCGGAAGCGCCGACGGCGGUCGCGGCGCUGUAUGAGGAUGUGACGGCGGCGCUGCAGCCGCUGGCGGAGAGCAUCUCGGGGAAUCUGGCGGGGCUCGGGUGUCCGCAGUUGGGGGCGGUGAAUGCGGGGAUGUAUGAUGUUUAUCCGGGGUAUGCGAAGGCGAAGGGGAUCUGA